AGUCUUGGUUGUUUCAUUCACCCACUCUUUCAUUCAUUCGACACUUAUCUUAGUCAUUCAUUCUUUUCUAUUUACACCACAAGUACACCAUCUUUCCAAAAAUGGUUCGAUUCACUUCUACCUACACGGCAGCCAUCUUGGCUCUGGCGUCCUUUGCUGCAGCUCGUCCUGCAGAGUGUCACGUUAAGGGCGCAGGCGCUCAAAACAACACGCCUGCUGCUACAGCCUCCUCGCCUGUUGCCGCAGCCUCGCCUGUUGCCAGCGCCGCGUCCGUUCCCGAUAACUCUUCCAAUCCCGGAACUUCGCCUGUUGCUUCCCCUGUUCCUGACAGUGAUGGCACCCCCGCUCCUGACAACUCGCCUACCUCUCUCCUCCCGUCUCCCACUAGCACUCUCGCUGUCGUCGCGUCUCCUGCUGCCACAUCGGCUUAUACACAGGUUUUCGAUGGAGACCUCACUUGGUAUGGAGAGGACUGUGGAGAAGAAUCAUGCUGGCAAGGUGGAGCCUGCGCCUUCGUCGACUAUGUCCUCCCCGCCACGAUUGACGGCUCAACCUGCGUCUCCGAAGUGAUCUGGAACAGCUCCUACCACUGCGGUGCCUGCGUCGAAAUCGACUACCAGGGCAAGAAGAAGAUCGCCAUGAUCACCAACAAGACUGGCGGUGAUUCCGUCCACCUGGAUCUCUCACCCGACAUGUUCUCCAAGCUCGACAACAAGAACAAAGGCAUGAUUCACGCAGACUGGAAAUACGUCGAGUGCCCCAUCGCCGAUCCCCUCCAGAUCCGCAUGCACGGUGGUGCAUCCCAGUACUGGUUCGCAGCUACCGUCAUGAACGCCAGGCUCCAAACUGCCCAGCUCGAGGUCUCUGGCGAUGGCGGAAACACCUGGAAGCCCACUACUCGUAACACCAACAACUACUUUACUCUCGUUGGAAACGGCGGUACUGGCACCAAGACUGCCUGGGUCAGGGUUACUUCUGAUCUUGGCUCUCAGGUCAUCGUCAAGGAUGUCCAGUUGGUUUCUGGAACGACCACUAAGGCCACUGCCAACUACCAGUAAAAGCAACGCUCAAAUCUUUUUCUGUUGGUACCCCAGCAGGGUUGUGUAACACGGCUCAGUUCUGGGGAGGAUAAGACAACACUCCUUUUCCUUGUAUUUUCUUCAUCUAAAAAUUCGAUUAGUUCAUGUAUUAUAUUUAGACCCCACAAUUACCUUUUCUUCA